UCAUUUCCAUAUGAUUGUUAAGUUUAUAGUGGGGUUGAAUUAACUUGGUUUUUUCUAAUCGGCAAAACAUAAAUUAAAACUUACGUAAACAAUGGAAAUCUUAUCCCUCAAUAGGAACUGCAUAAAGUUCUUGCAGCAUUUUCGGCCAGGCAUGUUGUCACCCGGUGUUGAGUCCUUGGUUCAGGCACAGCAAGUACGUCAUCGCCAGACCAAGCAUUGGAAUCCCAAAUUCAAGAAGCUACGUAAAUUGAAGUUUGUUAAAAUGGAUCUGCCCGAUUUCAAUGAAAAGUCCUCUGAUUUACCCAAAGAAGAGCUUAAGAAACGCAUGAAGGAACGUGGUUAUGUGCCUCCACGCCCUUGGCUGGAAAGACCUUUUCAUAUCAGCUGUACGGGUGGUAUAUUUGAGCCUUAUGUCCCUCCAGAAGGCGAUGGCAAAAAGUCAUUCAUCUCUACGGCAGGAGCCAAACAAAAGUUUGAAUUUCUGGAAAAGAAAUCGAAAAGUAUGUUGGCAGUGCGUAAAAUCCGUGGCUAUGAGGAAGAUUUCGAUACAGACAAUUUUGCCAGCACUGCCCAGGAUAUCUAUAUUGCAGGUCAUAAAUAUAUGGCCGCAAAGGAUAAGCAUAAGCUGAGAGAAUAUAUAACCGAACGUUGUUAUCCCGAAAUGAUGCAUAAUGUCAAGGAUAAAACCAUACACUGGAGUUUUCUUAAAUCUCUAGAGCCACCACGCAUGGUUCAUGCUAGAGUUACAGAUGUCAUCUCCAAGGAAAAUCUUUUCGCUCAGGUCACAGUGCGCUUCCACACACAACAAUUGCUGGCCAUCUAUGAUCGUUUUGGUCGCCUUAUGCAUGGCAGUGAGAUAGUGGCAAAAGAUGUGCUAGAGUAUGUGGUGUUUGAGAAACAUAUUUCCAAUGAAUAUGGACGCUGGCGUUUACAUGAUAAGAUUAUACCCGAUUGGUUGCCGCCCAAGCAACCAGCACCAAUUACCUAUCAACUAAUUGAAGAGACCGUCGAGGAAGAGGCCACGACGGAAACCCCCAAACAAUUGGAAGAGGGCCAGAAGAAACUGGAGGCAACGGAGCCGGAACAGGCUCAAGUUGUGGCAUCCUCAUCGGCAAGUUCGACAUCAAAACCAAAUGCUACGGCCAUUUGAUUGUAUUAUUUAAUGUUGGGCUGGCAUUUUAAACGUUUACGUUUGAAUACUGUUUAAUAAAUUUAAUUUUUCUUUUGUUUUCGAA